CACACCCAAAGGCAAAACUGCUCAAGAUAUCGUCUUAUGGGCCCUGGAGGCCGGAUACAGAAGUAUUGAUACUGCAACUCUAUAUAAAAAUGAAGAGGAUAUUGGAAUUGGUUAUGAAUCAACUCUUAAAGCCGUCGAAACUUCUUUAUCGAGCUUUCAAACAUCUUAUCUCGACUUGGUGUUAAUACAUACCCCCAAACCUGGUGCUCAAAAACGUAUUGAAUGUUAUAAGGCCUUACAAGAAUUAGUUAGGCGAGAAAAGGUUAGAAGUAUUGGGGUCUCAAAUUAUCGUGUAAACCAUUUAAAGGAGCUGAUGGAUACUGAUCCCGAAAUUAUACCCGCCGUUAAUCAAAUGGAGGUUCAUCCUUGGCAUACUAGAAAAGACAUUGUAUCAUAUUGUGUUGAACAUAAUAUUACCAUUCAAGCAUAUUCUCCACUAACAAGAGGAAAAAAAUUUAAUGAUCCUACUCUCGUUGGCAUUGCUAAGAAAUAUAAUAAAACUGCUGCUCAUAUUCUGAUUCGUUGGGGUCUUCAAAAUAAUUUUGUUGUAUUGCCAAAAAGCAUGAAUAAAGAGCGUAUAAUUGAUAAUACCAAAGUGUAUGAUUUUGAGAUUGAAGAAGAAGAUAUGAAAACUCUUGGAAAUUUAGAUGAAUCUUUUAUUACUAGUG